AUGGAGAUUAUUCAGUCUAAUGAGACAUUUCGGGUUGUCGGCAACAAACUCCAGUUCGACUCUGUGAUAGGGAUUGUGCGAUACAACUCCAGCCUGUACAUUGGCAAGUGGCAGGAUCGACGACAUCCACCACUCAGUCUCUCCGACGUAUACGAUGUCAAACGAGUGGAGACCGACGGAAGAGGACCCCAAGUACAAUCUUCAUGGACGAUAGCGUCGACGCAGAGCGGCUACAUCAAGACUCGAAGUCUUUUCGACUAUGCUGGUGCACCGGACCUCGAAAGACGGAUCCUCCUUGAAGUUGAGACAUGCGAAGUCCUUCGGAAAUAUCCUCAUCCAAAUAUUGCCUCCUACCAUGGCUGUCUCGAAACUCGGGGACGAGUAUCCGGACUCUGCUUCAAGACAUAUGUCUCAACAUUGGCUUGCAAAGUCAACCCUCAACAUUUGAACAAGUCGGCCUUCUUGCUUAGCGGUCGACCGCUUGUCGAGGAGGCGAUGAAGACGCAGCUAUACGGCGUAUUGGGAGGUAUUCAACACCUCCAUUCACUCGGUCUCGUCCAUAAUGACAUUACGCCUGCCAACAUUAUGCUAGCGGAGGAUGGGUCAUGGGCCAUCAUCGACUUUGACAGCUGCCGGCAGGUGGGGGAACUCCUUCAUGACACGGGGACCAAGAGAACAUAUGGAUGGCACGAUCCUAACGUGACGGUUUCAUCCAAGAAGAACGACCUCGACGCCUUUUUCGAGCUGCGGGCCUGGCUCUUUGGAUCGUCGGCAGAUGAAUUCAUGUUCGGUUGA